CUGUCAAAUUAAGGAAAAAUGCUUAGAAAUACAUUCCGCAUUGCCCAUAUCCACCAGACUAGCCUUGGUCGUUAUACGACUACGAGUGCAUGCGGCUUUUUUAACUUAUCUAGAAAAUGCUACUAUUCUACAAAUGCAUCUGAAUUUGAGAUCAAAGAAACCGAAACUGUUGUAAAUGGACAGCGCAUUCCUAAAGACGAAUGGACCAACGUGUCUCCUACUGUCCUUUCAAAGAUCAACCGCAAACUGUACCUUCAGCCCAAGAAUCCUAUUGGUAUCAUUCGUCAGUUGAUCGAAUCCAACUUUAAAGAUUUCGAGACAUUCAAUACAUUUAGUCCUGUUGUAACUACAAAGCAGAACUUUGAUGACCUACAUAUCCCUAUGGAUCAUCCUAGUCGAACCAAAUCUGACAAUUACUACUUCAACAAAGACACUGUUCUUCGUGCCCACACUUCUGCUCAUCAACUUCAAGGUUUGGCUUCUGGUUCUGACAGAUUCUUGAUCAGUGGUGAUGUCUAUCGUCGUGAUGAAAUCGAUUCUUCUCACUACCCCGUCUUUCAUCAAAUAGAAGGCUUCUUUUAUGUAGAUAACAACCUGAGUAAAUUGGAACAGGAACUCAAGCGUAUUCAAGAAAAAGAGACACCCAAUAUUGAAUUGAAGGAUGAUACCUUGAUUAAGCCAGAAAACCCGUAUCAAGACUGCCAUACACCCGAAGCAGUGGAUCUUAUUUCAGCUCAUUUAAAGCAUUCCAUCAAUGCCAUGAUUCGAAACUUGUUUGCUGAUGAACCAGAUCUUAAAGUAAGAUGGAUCGAUGCUUAUUUCCCUUUCACAAGUCCUAGUUGGGAAGUAGAGAUUCUAUACAAAGGAGAAUGGCUAGAAGUACUUGGAUGUGGUGUAGUAAAUCAAAAGAUUAUGAAUCAAGCAGGUUUGAAUGACAAAAUCGGUUGGGCUUUUGGUAUGGGCCUUGAACGAUUAGCCAUGGUCUUGUUUGGUAUUCCUGAUAUAAGAUUGUUCUGGUCAGAAGAUAGCCGCUUUAUUGAUCAAUUUACGCCUGGAAAGAUCAACAAAUUUGUACCUUUUUCUAAAUACCCUCCUUGUAUCAAAGACAUUUCAUUCUGGCUUCCUGAAGGAGAAUGGAAUGAAAAUGAUUUCUGUGAAUUAGUACGUGGUGCAGCAGGCGAUAUUGUAGAAAAUGUGCAUUUGAUUGAUGAUUUCAAGCAUCCCAAGACAAACAAAAGAAGUUUAUGUUAUCGCAUCAACUAUAGAUCCAUGGACAGAAAUGUAACCAAUGAAGAAAUCAAUGCUAUUCAAGAAAAAGUACGUUCAGUUGUACAGGAAGAAUUCAAAGUACAACUUCGCUAAAUAAACUGUCUCUUUUAUUAUUGUUUUUUU